ACGGAAGUGGAUAAUAAUAUACGUAUGUGUGUGUAUAUAUACACAAAUGUAAUGGUAAAGUUAAUUAAUAGACGCUCAAUCAUCAAAAGGGUGGGUGAGGUUGGUCGUCUUCGUUCGUGAAAUUCAUUCACUUGAUUACAAUUUACAAGUAGUUGAAUCCAAGUCGGUCGGUCUUCGUUCUCCAAACGCCAUCGAUCCACGGCUACAAUUUCUAGCGCUUCAAUUCUCCAUCCCCUAAUUUUGACAUAAUCCGACAUUCAGGGACGAUCGUCUUCCUUCCGUUCCGAUGGCUGUUGCAUCUGAAGAGACCACAAGCAUAUGCAAUCACUGCGGAAGAGAUAUUCCGUCAUCAAAUAUCGAUCUGCAUUCUGUUCAUUGCGUGAGGAAUCUUGAAAAAUGUAAAAUAUGCGGCGAUAUGGUUCCUAAAAGACAUGCGGAAGAACAUUUUUUGAACACACAUGCGCCAGUUUCCUGUUCGCUGUGUAGCGAGACCAUGGAGCGGGACAUUUUAGCAAUUCAUAAAGGUGAGAAUUGCCCCCAAAGGAUUGUCACUUGCGAGUUCUGUGAGUUCCCAUUGCCAGCAAUAGAUUUGGCUGAACAUCAGGAAGUUUGUGGUAACCGGACUGAACUUUGUCCUCUUUGUCGUUGUUAUAUAAGACUACGAGAACGAUAUAACCACGAAAACAAUUGCAAGGGUAUUGUACCUGCUGAUAACAUUGCAGAAUCUUCCAGGGAUGUGGGGGCAGCACCAGAAAGAGAUCAUCAAGCUAGAGAUCGAGGUGCUCAAAGAAGACAGCCACAGGAGUUUUCUACUCGUCGUCUUAUAUUCACUAUUGCAAUAACUGGUAUUGCCGUUCUAUUAGGAUCCCUAUUUUUCCAGAGGAAGAGCGAGAGCAACAUCGUACACUGAUUACCACAUAGUCCUACAGAGUGGAGAAAUGGUCUCCAUGUAAAAAAAGAAAAAGAGAGAGAGAGAAAAAAAAUCCUUUGUUUAAAACGUAAUAACUUCCAUUUUUCUGUACCAAGAAUAUUAGAAUUACUAUUGUAAGGUUAUAUAGAAACUCAUGGGCGGAGAAUUUGAUGAUGGUCUGAUGCUCUAAGUAUAUUUAUGUUGGUUGGAAGUACAUGUGGGAAGAAGAAGCCAAUUUUAAUUUACAAAUUUAAUGUUAGCAAACCUUUACUUUGCAA